AUGUCAGACCUUCCGUAUUUUUCAACUCGCCGCGAACCGUCGCGAUUUCCGCAGGCCAACAUGGAUAAUGUCGACCCAUCAUUGAUUAUGUUAUUUCCGGUAUCGAUUGGGAGUUCCCAGAACUCUGAUGAAGACAAGCACAAUAUCCAGCAUGAUCGUAUUGUGUCUCCACAGGAGGACUGGCACACUUUCCCUUCGGUGUCGGAGGUGAUCCAGCCGCGCUCACAACAACAGAGCCACAACACUUCUAUCUCCCGCGGGUCUCAUAACUACGAGUUGCGACCUUACAACUUUCCGACUCGAUCGGGCAAAUGGGGCGACGGUGGUGAGGGCUUCCACCAUGCCCUCCCCCGAUCUGACAUCCAGCCGACUGGCCAACAAGUUGCACAGCUCCAGCAACGCAGCAAUGGCUUCACGCAGGUGUCACAUGUUUACAAUCCAUACCACCCGACCAGGGCCAUGCAGACGGGACUAGACAGACAUGUUCUCGUUGCUGCUCAAGAGAAACAGCCUAUGAACGAGUUAGACGGUCGGACCAUAGCUGGAAACCACUACCAGCCAUUUCGACAGCAGUUCGAUGCUCAUAACCCGGAGUGGCACAUCGGGGAGUAUAACAUUGACGAGCAACAGAACGGUUACCACAUUCCUACUAUCGAGAUGUUGGACGAGGGUACUACAACUCCUGUUCCUAUGGCUUCUCAAGCUCCUAAGGCUAAAGCCGAGCGCAAGUUUGCGAAGAUGCCGAAAUACCAGAGUGGGGAGGCGGAGGAGGGUAUUCCAGUUCAAACUAGGAGGACUCAAUCUCACAAGGAGAAGGUUGUCGUCGGAUCACCUGCGGAGGGUUUACAUACCGAGCAAGAACUGAAGCUUUCUGCGAAAGUGAAACCUGCAAUCCGUCAAGCUAAUGGUCGACUGUCGAACACGAUCUACAUAAUCGGUCGUGGCAUUCGCGAGCCAGUGCCGCCAGUGAAACCGUCUGGCCUGUUCUUCGACAGCUACGAGGAAGCCUGCGAAGGUGUCGGCUCUGUAGACUGGAUGCCGCCUGCGAACGAUACUUCUAUUCCUGAAAAUACGACAGAGAUUCGCCCUCAUGUCCUCAAGCUACGCGAUGCGAUGAUGGAUAUGAGUGCUUACGGGGACAACCCGAGCAAGAAGAUGCAAAACAGAUGGCUCCCUCUGGGUUGGGUGGCGGCCCAGACGCCUCAACGUGGUGAUGUGCUUACCAACCCUUACAAUCCAAAGCAGUGGCUUGAGAAGCGUUGUUGGGACAUUGUCAUGACGUGCAUUCGCCUCCACCGCGAGGGCCCAGGGUUCAUCUCGUGCCUCGAUCCCCUAACUCUAGAGAAGUCUUUCAAGUACAAAGACCUGACCUUCUCGGAGCGUAUUGGACUUAUAGUAGACAUGGUAUUCUACUGUAAGAACCGUGUCUCAGCACUGAUGACUGGGGGCUUUGGCGUGGUUGAAGAGUACCUACUUAUCCCUGGUGAUCUUGUGAAGACUAGCAAGGAGAACGGGAAGCACAACAAGUUGCGCCAGGAUGUUUUGAGCUCAUUCCGGGAGCCUUACAAGGAGAGGCGUGCACAGGAGGCUGCAUCAGCCGCUGCUGCUGCCGCCGCUACCGCCGCCGGUGAGAUCAUUCCAAGUCUGUCUCUUAAUGCGGGUAGUAUGAAUUCUGCGGAGUCAGAUCUCAGUGAACGCGACUUUGAUGAGUUUGUGGAAGUGGCAGCCACUGCUUAUAAGUCUACCAAGAGUAAGCGUAGUCACGCCAACGGCGGCAUGCCCGUAAAGGAUAGGCCGAAGCGUGCUUCGAAGAAGUCUGCUUUGAAGUCUGGCGAUCAGUUUCAAGAAGAUAUGUUCAACGACCACGAUGAGCUUUCAGAAGAGAAUACCGAACUUCUUGACGACUCUUCAGUCCUUAAUCCGAUCAUAGAGCCGAUCUCCAAAUCUGGACACGGGAAACGCAAGCGCGGGCAGACCAAUGUGGAUACGCCUUCGACGAUCAAGGCAAAGCGUGGUCGCAAGGCCUAG